ACUGGCCCUACAAGAAACCUAUGGGUAAGGUGAUUUAAACACUACACUUCACGACAACGUUUUGUGUAAUUCACGACCAAGAACCUCCGCUCAACCUCAAUUGAAUAUGGACUACGACGACGAUGCUCCGCCGGAUCUCAUCGAGACCAACGAGGUCAUAAAUGAGGAGGAGAAGCCAGUCAAGGUUCCAAUCACCAUAGUAACAGGCUACCUUGGAGCGGGCAAGACCACCCUUUUGAACUAUAUUUUGACUGCCCAGCAUGGAAAGAAAAUUGCCGUCAUCAUGAACGAGUUCGGAGAUUCUUUGGAUAUUGAAAAGUCUCUCACCGUAAACAAGGACGGCGAGUCAGUCGAAGAAUGGAUGGAAGUUGGCAAUGGCUGCAUCUGCUGUUCGGUGAAAGACACCGGUGUGAAUGCCAUCGAGUCCCUGAUGGAAAAGAAGGGAAAAUUCGACUACAUCUUGCUCGAAACCACCGGGCUCGCAGACCCAGGGAAUCUUGCACCUCUCUUCUGGAUGGAUGAUGGCUUGGGAAGCACCAUCUAUCUCGACGGGAUUGUGACGCUGGUGGACGCCAAGAACAUCCUGCGGAGCUUGGAUGAUCCAGCUGGCAAGGUUGAGGGACAUGAAGAGAGUGAUGAACACGGGCAUGGGCCAGUCAUGACGACCGCUCAUGUCCAGAUCUCACACGCUGAUGUCAUCGUGAUCAACAAGUCAGACUUGGUUAGCGAGGACGAGCUGCAGGCCGUCCAGGACAGAAUCACGUCCAUCAACGGGCUCGCCAAGAUCCACAUCACCAAACAGAGUGUGGUUCCGGAGUUGGAGGGAUUCUUGCUCGACCUGCACGCUUAUGACCGCGUAGAGGAAUUGGACAAGGCAAGUCUGGGCCACAGCCAUCUCGACAAGACGAUAUCAACAUUAUCUAUUCCUCUACCGGUCUUGACAUCAGGCCAAGUAGAAAAACUGGAUGCUUGGCUGAGGUCGGUUCUCUGGGAAAAUGUUCUUCCUGGACAUGAGAACGCUGCUGGCACGCCAGCUUUCGAAAUCCAUCGUCUGAAGGGUCGAUUAAUCCUCGAGGAUGGUGGCGAGAAGAUGGUUCAGGGAGUAAGGGAGAUCUUUGAGAUUUUCGAUGGCCCAGACAAUAGUGGGAGUCAAACCGCCGGUAAACUCGUGCUUAUCGGGCGUCAUCUGGUCGAUUUUGACUUCCCAACAAGCCUCCAGCAAACUGUUGGUCUUGCACAAAGCACCUAGCCGUUGGGCACCAUAUAAUAGAUGUCGAGAAAAGGGGGAGACAUGGCCUGGAAGCACGGACCAUAUAUCCUCAAGUUCCCGUCCACUGGACCUAAAUCUUCAAGUCUCUGAAUCCAUGAAAAGAGGGCUUUCAUUCCGCAAAUUCAGUUGUUUUUGAUCGGUAUGGCCUUGUCAGCCUUUGAGAAACUGUUUCCUUGGUUGUUAACGGGCGACCCCGCAAGUAUACACCACAACGAAGUGACUGGGGAUACGGGAUCGCAGGUAAGUUACAAACAAACACCAAGAACCUGCAACACCCAACCGGUACGUACCUAUGUACACUGUACAACGUCCCCACACCCCGGUGACCACUCACUGCAGCGAGUGCGUGCCGCCCGCCUGGCCUGCAGCUCCCGCUCGUUUUCAAAGCGCGACC